AAAAAGCCUGCUGCUGGCUGCCGCGCGCGCUCAGUAAUUAUUCCGCUCUCGCGCAGCUGAGUGCCGACAGCUGAAAGCUCAGCAUCACUUUCUAUCUCUUCCCACCGCACUGCGAUUCCUGCGAGCCGAGGCGGCUUCUUCCUGGACGGCGUCUUUUCGCUUCAACCGGGGGUACCGCGGGUCGGAGGGGGUGGCUCGGAGCUGACCGACAGAUGCUCGAGACCCGCAGCAGGUGCCCCCCAGACCCGACGGGAGGGAGUCCAGCAGCGCAGCGAUGGGACAGUUUUCGGGAGGAUGCAGCUUGACUUUUUCCAUCUUCGUGCUUCUUCUUGGCUCGCGAGCCCCGGCCACGUUAGCCAGAGGUGCCAGAGGUGAAGCCCUGCAGCAUGGCCAGUCUGAGACCCUCCCCCGCUUCCUGCAGGAGCCUGUUGAUGCCUACAUUAUUAAGAGUAACCCCAUCAAGCUCCGGUGUCAAGCCCAGCCAGCGCUCCAAAUCUUCUUCAAGUGCAACGGAGAAUGGGUCCAUCAGAGCCAGCACAUGUCUCAAGAGCAUGCCGAUGUUGUGACAGGGUUGAAGAUCCGUGAAGUGAUGAUCAACAUCUCACGUCAGCAGGUGGAGGACUUUCACGGUCCGGAGGACUACUGGUGUCUGUGCGUCGCCUGGAGUCACCUGGGAACCUCCAAGAGCCGCAAGGCAUCCGUCCGCAUUGCCUACUUGAGGAAGAACUUUGAGCAGGACCCUCAAGGCACCGAGGUGCCGCUUGAUGGCAUGAUCGUGCUGCACUGCCGUCCCCCAGAGGGCGUGCCCGUGGCUGAGGUGGAAUGGCUGAAAAAUGAUGAGCCCUUGAGUUUUGGCGAUGACGGCAUGAGUAACACGAGAGGGGACCAUGAUCUAAUUAUCUCAGAAGCCCGUCUCUCUGACUCGGGGAACUACACCUGCGCAGCCAGCAACAUCGUGGCUAAGAGGCGCAGUGCCACAGCUGUGGUUGUGGUUUAUGUGAAUGGAGGCUGGUCGUCGUGGACAGGCUGGUCCCCCUGCAGCGUGCACUGUGGUCGAGGUGUGCAGAAACGUUCUCGAACGUGCACCAAUCCAGCUCCCCUAAACGGAGGAGCCUUCUGCGAGGGAACGCCGUCGCAGAAGAGCCCAUGCAACACCGUGUGUCCAGUGGAUGGCGGAUGGGGGGAGUGGAGCGAGUGGUCUGUGUGUAGCUCAGACUGCGAGAGGCAGCGCAGCAGAGAGUGCACAGCGCCGGAGCCCAAACACGGCGGUCGACUGUGUGACGGCGUGGCGGCGGCUGCAGAGAACUGCACAGGCGGCCUGUGCACGCAGAAUCGGAAGCUGCUGCAUGACGCUAAGCCACAGGGUGUGGAGAGAACCAGUGAUGUGGCCCUGUACUCAGGCCUGGCAGCAGGAGUGGUAACCGUGGUGAUGCUGAUCAUCGCAGUCACGCUUUAUCGGCGGAGCCAAAGUGAGUACGGAGUUGAUGUCAUCGACUCCUCUGCCCUCACCGGGGGGUUCCAGUCUUUCAGCUUCAAGACUUCUCGACAAGCCAACCCUCUGCUUAUUAACUCAUCCAUGCAACCUGAUCUAACGGUGUCGCGCACGUAUACCAGUCCCAUGUGUUUCCAGGACUCCAUUGACAAGGAGAUAAUGGCUGAGCACUCACUGCUUGACCCGCUGCCUGAUCUAAAGGCUAAAGGGGCGGCAGAAAGGGCAGAGUACCACAUCAUGUCCCACCCCCAGACGUUUCCACGGGGCUUGGCUCCAGACUACAGAGGAGUUCCUGUGGGGACGACACUGGGCCGAAGGGGCAGAAACCUUUUUGCUCCACAAGCAUUUCAAACUCACAGCAGGCCUCUGAACAAAGCAACGGCAGUGUUUGGCCACGCUGGAGGCAGGCUGGUGGUGCCCAACACAGGUAUCAGUCUGUUGGUGCCUCACGGGGGGAUUGCAGAAGACACUACCUGGGAAAUGUACAUGAGCAUCAACCAGGAGGACAGCAGCGCCAUGUCCGAGGAUGGGUCAGAGAUCUUUCUGAGUCCUGCCGUCACGUACGGCCCACCGGGCCUUGACCUGUCCUGUCCCACAGCCAUGACCGUAGCCCAUUGUGCAGAAGUCUCUGCUGAGAACUGGACCAUCAGGUUAAAGAGGCAAACCCAGGACAACAAGUGGGAGGAAGUGAUGUCUGUGGACGAGGAGAGCACGUCCUGCUACUGUCUGCUGGAGGCCCAGAGGUGUCACGUUCUCCUGGGUCAGCCGGGUCGCUACGCGCUGGUGGGGGAGGCUCUGAACCAGGAGGCAGCUAAGCGUUUGAGACUGGCCGUGUUUGGUGGUCUGGACUCCAGCAACUCUCUGGGCUUCACUAUCAGGGUGUACUGUGUGGAGGACACGCCCCACUCCUUUCAGGAGGUAGCUGUGGGGGAGCGCAGCAGGGGCGGACGGCUGCUCGAGGAACCUAAAAUUAUGCUGUUUAGGGGGAACACUUUCAGCCUGCAGGUGUCCAUCCAGGACGUCCCACGGUUACUCUGGAGCAUCAAGCCUUUCAACACCUGCCAGGAGUUCUCCUUUUCUCAGGUGUGGGCCGGUAACCAGUGUCCCCUGCAGUGUGCCUUCUCUUUGGAGCGAUACAGCCACUCCUCGUCUCAGCUCUCCUGCAAGAUCAGCAUCCGACAGGUCGCAGGAGAGGAGCAGAUACUCCAGAUCUAUACAUCUGUAGUGGAGAACGAAAAGGGUGUGGUCCCCUUUUUCACGCAGUCAGACUGUACCGUCACCUCCCAGACGGGGUCAAGGGCCUUUAAAAUCCCCCUGUCCAUUCGUCAGCGGAUCACCGCCACCUUCGAUGCUGCUAACUCCAACGGGAAGGACUGGCAGCUCCUGGCCCAGAAGCUCCACAUAGACAGGAACCUGUGCUACUUUGCAUGUCAGGAGAGCCCGUCCUCGGUCAUUCUGAGUCUGUGGGAGGCCCAGCACCAGGACCCAGGAGAUCUGGACUCUCUGGCCAGUGCUCUUGAGGAAAUCGGAAAGGUCCAGUCCCCCAGGGGACCUCCUGCUCUUUGUUCCACUAAAGAAGACUCAGAAUUCACAAAAGUUGGGUAGGGAAGGUCGACCACAGCCCGACUCAUGACAAACCUUUUACUGCAUGAACACUGACGAUCAGGUGUAACCAACUAACACGCGAAGAGGAGACUGUUAUUACAGGAACGCCUCUGCUAAACCAAAUGGUCCGUUCAGACGUGACCGAGACGAGACAUGAGUGUUUGUGUUUAUAAGAGGCAACACGGUUCGGAACGGAAAGCCUUUGAAGCUGCUUCAGUCUCUUGUAGUCAGAAUCUAGAUGUCUGUGUGAAGACGGAGUGUGUUUUACGCACGCUGACACUAAGGUCGGUGUUGUGAACCUCCCAGUACUAGAUGUGCUUGUACGGUACUUACCAUCAAACGGCCUUCUGGGUAAUCAACAUGUUCAGUGUAAAAAAUGUCUUUGCAGUAUUUUCUCAUGCAUUGUCUCAAUUCAUGCCGCUUUAUUUUCUCUCCUUUGUGUUUAAUGUUUCUUGAGUUGAAUUCAAAAUGAAGAAAAAAUAACCACAGAAAGCAGAUUUUGCUCUCAUGUUCGUCCUAAAAUGUUUUCUAAGUGAUGAGGAUUUAAACAGACUUGUCUACGUGCUGGAGAGGAGAGAUUUCAACAAUCAGCCACAAGCGCACAUGAAUGUUUUCCAUCUCCGAGCCGAAUCAUCAGACUGCAGAGAAACCCGCUGAUCUGUGCCUCAUCUGGAAAAGCAGCCAGAGCUGAACCCACCCCCCACCCCCCCACCCCCCCACACACACACACACGAGUUCAAGUAAUCAGCGUCCGGUUCAUUUGGAGGAAGUUUUAAUAUGUGACUUAACACCAGAGCAGACUGGGGGGACGUUACAAACCUGAGCAUUGCACUGGUGAAGUGGUGUGUAGUUCAAUGUCCCCUCGGGGAUGUUUUUUUUUCCUUUUCUUUUUUCUCUCAGCAUUUUUUGAAUUAAAAGUUUUAACUUUUGAUGUGUGGCUUGACUGGAGCUGCUUCUCUUGGAUCACUGGUUCAUCAAAAAAACCUGGGCAUCGUAAUUUGGGCACAGCCAUUACCUUCUCUCCUCUGUCGCCUCAGCAACUUCAACAUCCACUUUAAAAACCACAUCCUGAUUAAAAAAAUCCCUUCAGUCAGUUGCUCCACCUGCCCCCAAACUUAAUAAAGUGACUUUGUGUUGAA